AUGGCUCCAAAACCCCCUCCAGGCACCUCAUCCCGAGCCUGGGAUGCUGUGAACCCCUCACUAUCAGAAUGGGUUCUAGAUGCCGUCUCCUCCAUGGGCUUCACGCGCAUGACGCCGGUUCAAGCAUCAGCCAUUCCUCUUUUCAUGGCGCAUAAGGAUGUUGUCGUUGAAGCAGUAACAGGAAGUGGAAAGACUCUGUCUUUUUUGAUCCCUGUUGUAGAGAAAUUGCUGCGCUUGGAAGAGCCGAUCAAGAAGCACCAUGUAGGUGCUAUUAUAAUUUCUCCGACAAGGUAUUUCUUUUCGCGAUACCCUAUAUAUAUAAAUAUAAAUAAAAAAGAACUUGCCUCACAGAUUUACAACGUACUCUCGUCCUUACUUGCCUUUCAUCCUCCUUCUGCCGCCCUUCUUAACCCCGACGACGAGGACGACGCCGCUCCCCGCCCAAAACAAUCAUCCUCAGUUCUUAAGGUCGUUCCCCAGCUACUCCUCGGAGGCUCUACCUCCCCCGCAGAGGACCUGAGCAGCUUUUUGAAGCGAUCGCCGAAUUUGCUAGUGGGCACUCCAGGAAGACUCCUAGAGCUACUCUCUUCGCCCCAUGUGCAUUGUCCGCAGUCCUCAUUCGAAAUGCUCGUCUUGGAUGAGGCGGAUAGAUUAUUGGAUCUUGGAUUCAAAGAGACAUUGCAAAGCAUUCUGCGUAGGCUCCCUAAGCAAAGGCGAACUGGUUUGUUCAGCGCUAGCGUGAGCGAAGCUGUUGACCAGAUCGUUCGCGUUGGCCUGCGUAAUCCCGUCAAAGUGGUGGUGAAAGUCAAAGGUGCAUCAGGUGUCGACGAUAAACGCACCCCCGCCAGCCUUCAAAUGACAUAUCUAACAGUUCCUCCAACCCACAAAUUCCCUGCUCUCAAGCAAAUCCUGAACACCGUUCAGCCAACUCCCCUGAAGACGAUAUUCUUUGUGUCAACGUGCUCUGGAGUUGAUUACCUAUCAGCGACAUUGCCAUUAAUACUGGGUGAUGAUUUCCAAUUAAUCCCGCUUCACGGUAAGCAUCAAGCAAAUGUGCGCCAAAAGAACUUCAACCGCUUCGUCAAUGCCCACACACCAGCUAUCCUCCUCACAACCGACGUUGCAUCCCGUGGGUUAGAUAUCCCAUCAGUCGACCUCGUGGUCCAGAUUGACCCCCCUUCAGACCCAAAAACUUUCAUUCAUCGAUGCGGUCGUGCUGGAAGAGCAGGACGCAGAGGUCUGAGUAUAGUGGUUUUGCACCCCGGCAGAGAAGAGGAUUAUGUUGCCUUCCUGGAAGUCCGCAAAACUCCAGUCGCGCCAUAUCCUCAACCGAUUCACUUUUCCGACUCCGACGCCAGCGCUGCGACCGAGAUCGUCCGGAAAGCUGUACGGGCGGACCGUGCGCUCCAUGACAGAGGCCAGAAGGCAUUCGUCAGCUGGCUAAGGAGCUACAGCAAGCAUCAGGCAAGUAGCAUAUUCCGGGUAGCAGACUUGGACUGGGAAGGUCUCGGGAAAUCCUGGGGCUUGUUGAAACUACCAAAGAUGCCUGAAUUGAGGAACUUCUCCGGAGAUCGAACACUUGGCGUCGACAUGGACUGGGAUACAUAUACAUAUAAAGAUAAGCAGCGUGAAAAACGCCGCCUGGAAGUUCUCCAAGAGGCUGCGGAGUCUGGUGCUACUCAGGACUCAUCUAAGAAGCGACCCAACGAUAGCGUUGCCUGGAGCAAUAACCUCGAAAAUAGAAACAAGAAAGUAGCACGCAGAGAGAAAAAGCAUGUGCGCCAAGAGAGGAAGAGAUGGGAGAAGAUGACCGACGAAGAGAAACAAAAGGCCCUAGAAACGGAGGACAUGGUGGAACAGAUUCGGGUAAAAAACGAGGAACAAUGGCGGCUCAAACGUGCAGCGGCCAAAGCUGGGACAGCAGCAGCCUCCGAUGGCGAGGAGGAGUUUCAAGGAUUCGAUUGAGCCUUCUAAAUAAUUUAUACAUACUGGAUAUAGAUAUGACGAAUACCCUCCCUCAUAUAACCCUGGUUUUAUC